AUGUCCAGUUUCUUCCCUUUGCCCAGCCCAGUCCUGCCAGACUUCCAAUCCCUCCUCGUCACCGGUCCAUUUCAUGCCUCAGCACUCAUACAUCUCUGCCUCACGCACCUCUCUGACAAGCCACCACAUACGAGGAUCAUCGUCUUCUCUCGUACACGUCAGGAACUGUAUAGUUCAAUGCUGGAACUCAACGAUGACUGGUUAAACGAGUGUGGAGGCUAUGGUGCUGUCGCACACGUUUUGUCCAGAGUGGACAUACAUUAUAUACCGUCACCUUUACACCUGAAGUUUAUGCUAUCUAUGCUUCGAGUUCCUGACACCCAAGAGCACCUAACGCAUCCUGCCAACGCAACUCUAGACUCGCCCCCAUCUCUCCUCGUAUUGCAUGACUUGUCAACUUACUUCCUCGACGAUAGCUCCUCUAAGGAGCCGACGCUGCCAGCAUAUCUCUCCUUGGUUGCAUACGCCUUUUCUUGUGCCGUUUCGCUGAGACAGAACUCGAAUAAUGCACCAGCACUUGUUCUUAUGGACUCCCGCCUAAAUGAUCUCAAGCUUCCAAUUAUACCCCGUCCGAUCGCAAUGCCAAUCCCAGCAGAUGGCGAAGAAGAAACGGGUUCCUACAAGAAAGAGGAGGUCAUUCAAUCUGUUCGACGCUAUUUUGAUUGGGCAGCAAUAUUUGAUCGACCUCUUGAACCUGCGUCUACCACAGCAGCUGAACCUCCUUCAGUCGCCAUUCGGACGACCAAGAUAUUGUUUGGGAAUGGAAUCAAGUCCAAGGGGAGUCUCGGGGAUAUAGCGAACGGAAGAGCACCCAAUUCUCAAGAGAAGUCGGAGGACCUUUAUCACGUAGGCUUAAAGGCUACUAUGGACGGCUCAAGCGACGAGAACCCACCUUCAAGCGACAGUAUUUCCUCCGUCCAGGACACGGACACAGGGGAAGCUGCUGAGGCUCAGCCUGCUACCGCGGUGGAGUCAAUUAUCGCCUCAAUAUUGACUCCAGGCUCGUCGCUCAAUCCGACUUUCCUCCUCAUCGUCGACCUUGUCCUGGCACUUCUCCUCGGGACAUUCCUCGUGCUCGCCAUUCUCACACGCGGGAACAUCCACGUACUGGUACUCAUGGGGAUUGAGCUGGGAUUGUUUGUAUACGAAUUACAAAAGCAGGAACCUCCAUCCGACGGGGUCUCUAAUCCAGACGAGACCUCUGAUCCAGACGAGACCUCCAAUCCAGAUGAGAAGAAGACACAGUGA